AUCAUAGACGAAAACAACUUUUGUACCAUGAUGCCUCCUUAUGGUGCUUACCCUGUCGCCCCUAAUGAAGCUUGUGCCAACUCUUAUUGCUUCGGUGACAAAUUCCAGACCAACACUUCAGAGUACCUAGUUGGCCCCAAAAACUUCAUCUUAUCCGCCCAUUUUGUUGAAAACAAAACUGCUCAAUACACUCAAGUCACCGGUUGUAUGGACUCCUCUGUUUGGGGAUUGAACCCUACAGAUGAAGGCGGUCAGAUGGACUCACAUGGAUGGCAGUAUCAUUGUGCCAACUCAAAGAAGUUUCUAUCUUUGCUCGAACCCGCCAGCAAUACCUACUGUAUCCGUUGCUGCAACGGCACAGAUGUCGACGUUAACUGUGAUACCAGCCAUUCUACAAAGGGUUGCUGGAACCUUAUUCCCGGUAACUAUGCCAUG